AUGUCCGGCAAGUAUCAGAAAGCUAUCGAAUCAGGUGUCGUGAUCAUCCGCGAGAGGCAGCUGCGCCAGAUGAUUGGGGAGUUGAAACCUGAUCGUGGCAAUGUUUGCCUUGCAGAAGGGCACAAGAUGAAGUGGGGUGUCAGCCCAGAGUGGGGUCCUGACGAAGAGGAGCUCGUCAACUUGGCGAGUUACGAGGCCCAGUUCCCUCUUCAUCAGACCGGUGAGGGCGAAGAGGAAGAGCGCCCAGCGUCGGUGGCCUCAUCGGCCAGUGGAAAGUCUGCUCGAGCAAGGAAGAAGGAGAAGGCAGCUGGCAAGGCACUGCAAGGGGGGGACGGUCGCGGAUGGGCUGCGGUAGCCCUGACGCGCCUGGACAAGACAGCUGAAGCUGCCAAGCUUGCUGCGGGCCCCGACGGGCAGACGCCGUGUGGCUACCAAACGUUGAGAUAUGUGGCGCACGCCUGUGCCAAGGUCGGAGCUGUGGAAGCGGCCUACCACCUGUCCCGGCUGCAGAUGAAAUGCGGGCGGACCAAGUACAUCACUGCCGGCUCACGCGUCUUCCAAAGCACGCUGGAGUCUUCUGCCCUCUAUUUGCAAUCCACCGCGGAGCAGAUGCCCAAGCUGCUGGCAGGACAUGGUGCACGAGUUUCACAAGAGAUCGAAAGCAUGCUGGAGAUCAAGAACGACAUUCUGGCGCUCACGCCGAACCGACGCUCUCGUAUGCUUACCGAGGCGUUCAACCAGCUCAUUCGCUGGUAUGGCCGUGCACGUCUGGUCCCGCAGGCCAUUCGUGCUUGCGAAAUCAUGAAUGAGCUCGGAGUUCCGCGAAACGACAUGACCCUGCACUUCUUGAGCCGCGGCUGCGCGCAGCAGUACAGAUGUUUGAAGAAGGCUGGAAGGUACACGCAGGCGCCGCAGGACAUGCCUGGACAUCGGCCGGAGGUGCUCUUCAUCGGGCGCACGAACUCGGGGAAGUCGUCCAUGAUCAAUGCACUUUUCAGUUCUCUGACGAAGUUCGCGCCCGCCUCCAAAACGCGGGCUUUCACCCGGAAGCUGCACUUCUACGAGGUCAACAAAGAGAGAGCCGGAUUACCUCACUUCAUGCUCGUGGAUUCGCCUGGUCUGGGAUGCGCUGACAUCCCUAAUGCGGCCAAGAUCACCAGGGAGUUUCCAAACAUGAUCUUCGAGUACCUCCGCAAUCGCAAUGCAUUGAAGCACAUCUUCCACCUCGUGGACGCCAGAAACCACAAGCUCCUCCCUGCUGACAAGCAGUUGCUUCACCUGGUCGCGAAAGCCCAGCGACGAAGUGUGAGGUACACCAUUGUCAUCACGAAAAUUGACGUGUGCAAACGAAAGGUCGCCAACAGCACAGCUCAGCGCAUCCGGGAGGAACUGGCUCCUUAUUGCGACGUGGACAUCAUGUUUGCCAGCGCACGGGCUCUGCGAGGCGUGGAUCACCUCUGGUCCAAGAUCUGGCAAUCUGUGACGGAGACACCACGCGGCCGGAGACACAGGGACAUUGGCAGGAAAGAAUUGGAGCGACUGAACAAAGAAGGGCCGAACGCUUUGAAAGCUCCCAACUUGUCUGAACUGCUGGAGAUCCCGGAUUACCAGAGACCACAGGAUUUUGACGAAGAGGGUUUCGAAGAGGCGCGAUGUGAAUGCAACCUUGCUGGCAGCUGGGUGGUAGCACACGGUGCAUAUUUCUGA